AUGUCCGCCUUUGGCCACCGAAAAAUAAUUUGGAAAAUCCCUCGUCUCACCGUCAUUCUCCACCUCAAUCACCACCUGUGCAAACUGGACAAACUUGAAGAACUCGCGGAUACCUCCUUAAUCCUCAGUCCCCAUAUCACGGAUGCCCAACAACUAAGCCCAGAAAUCCAUCAGUUCGGCUUUGCCAACGGCCGGUUAAAAAUAACUGUACUGGCGAAUUUUGGCGCGAUAUCUCCGAUGGAGUGGAGAGCCAUGAGCCUCAUUGAGCAGCGGAAGAAGGAGUGUCGGGAUCGACUUGUGGAGAAUGACCGUUUGGUUCCGCAAGGAAGGACGGUGGAGAUGUUAGUGCAGAGGGAGCUGGAGGUUGCGAGCAGUUUGGAAAAGGGAGACGUUGAGGAUAGGGAGUAUUGA